AUUGCAAACUUCACUAUAUUAUACCCUCUAAAGUCUAAAUCUCAUUCAUAUUCCAUCAUAAUAUACUACUAAUUAGCCACAUAUUAUCAAAAUUUGUUAUCCAAGAGCUAUUUAGCAACAAACUAACGACCAAAUUCGUAGCUAAUUCCAGUUUUUUUUCUUUUGGUAUUGACACCUCCACCACCACUUAUAACUCGCCCAUAAUACCAAAAACAGUUCAGUGUCCUCAAAAUGUAUAGAGUUGCAAGUGCAUCGGAGUACUUGGUGAUCACAGGAUUAGGGAUCAAAGAUAUACGUAUAACAAAGAAAGCAUGGGUACUUCCAGGACAAUCAUGGACAAAAUUUGAUGUUUCACCUGUGAAUUACACAUUUGAAGUCCAAGCUAUGAGUGCUGAAAAACUACCUUUUCUACUUCCAGCAGUUUUCACAGUUGGUCCUAGAGUUGAUGAUGAAGCCAGUCUAUUGAAGUAUGCAAAACUCAUUUCUCCACAUGACAAACUCUCAAACCAUGUCAAAGAACUUGUUCAAGGUAUCAUUGAAGGAGAAACUAGAGUUCUAGCCGCAUCAAUGACAAUGGAAGAAAUAUUCAAAGGCACCAAAGAGUUCAAACAAGAAGUAUUCGAGAAAGUCCAGCUCGAACUAAACCAAUUCGGGCUUUUAAUCUACAAUGCAAACGUCAAACAACUUGUUGAUGUUCAAGGACACGAAUACUUCUCCUACUUGGGUCAAAAGACUCAAAUGGAAGCUGCAAACCAAGCGAAAAUAGACGUCGCGGAAGCCAGAAUGAAAGGAGAGAUAGGAGCAAAGCUAAGGUCAGGACAAACACUACAAAAUGCUGCAAAGAUCGAUGCAGAAACGAGGAUUAUAUCAACGCAGAGAGAAGGAGAAGGGACGAAGGAGGAGAUAAAAGUGAAGACAGAAGUGAAGGUUUAUGAAAACCAUAGAGAAGCAGAAGUUGCUGAAGCAAAUGCAGUAUUGGCAAAGAAGAAAGCAGGGUGGGCUAAAGAAGCACAAGUAGCAGAGGUGGAGGCAGAGAAAGCAGUGGCUUUGAGAGAUGCUGAGUUGCAAAAGGAAGUAGAGAGGAUGAAUGCUUUGGCCAUGACAGAGAAGCUUAAGGCUGAGUUCCUGAGCAAAGCUAGUGUUGAGUAUGAAACAAAGGUGCAAGAGGCAAACUGGGAGCUAUACAAGAAACAAAAAGCAGCAGAAGCAUUUCUCUAUGAAAAGGAGAAAGAAGCAGAAGCACAGAAAGCAACUGCGGAGGCUGAUUUCUACAGACGUAAACAGAUCAUUGAUGGAGAUUUGUAUGCAAAGAUGAAGGAAGCAGAAGGACUUAAGGCUCUAGCAGAAGCACAAGGCAUGUAUUUGCACACUCUCUUAGAAGCUUUGGGUGGAAACUAUGGAGCUCUAAGGGAUUACUUAAUGAUUAGUGGUGGAAUGUUUCAAGAGCUUGCCAAGAUUAAUGGCGAGGCUAUUCGAGGACUACAACCAAAAAUCAGCAUUUGGACAAAUGGAGGAUCUCAUGAGGCAAAUGCAGAAGGUGGUGGAAGUGCCCUAAAAGAGGUUGCUGGCAUCUACAAAACAUUGCCACCAUUGUUUAAGACUGUUCAUGAACAGACUGGAAUGAUGCCACCUACAUGGAUGGGCACGAUCACUAAUGACUCUAGUCAAUGAUUCUUGUCCUCCUCAAGAAAUAAUGCAAUGACCAAAAUGGCACACUUCUGCUAUUUUGUUCAAAUAACAACAUCAAGGGAUUGGUCCGCUUGAUUAGUAACUUGAGGCUUGCUCAGCCAAUGAGGCGCACCCACGCCUAAGCAGCAGGUCAAGUUGUAAAGAGUUUGAUUAAUUGUUGAACUUAAUAAAAUUCAACGGCUGUGGUUUGUUUA